AUGGCGGCGCUGCAUCAUCACACACAGCAGCGCAGUCAGACGAAGCUAAGGACUACAGUGCAAGAUGUCCCUACAGAUCUUGAGCUCAACCUCGAAGCUUCUGGCAAGAGUCAUUACCUGGUGAGGGUUCAACAUCCUUCCCCUCCAAACCUGAUGCAGGCCUUGAAAGUGGCGAGCGGGGACAAAUAUUUGCAGUACAUCCCUUACGACACUUACGUAGUGGCCAUGGAGUUUCAUAUGAAGAGUCGAGUCGAAGCAAUCAACGGCGUCGAAGCUGUCUACCAUCUUCCAGCUGGAAUGAAAAUCUCUCCUGCUCUCAACGAAUUGAUGGUCAAGACCAAAAAUAUGCUCCCAUCGAAUGCGAAGGACGUCUUUAUCAACGCUGAUCCCAUGCAUCCGGAGAAGAGAGGCAACACUCACUUUCAUGAUCGAGACCCAAUGGAUCAUCCCAGAAACCGGUUCAACAGCGCAACUCAGAAGGAGAAGCAUAUGAAACAAACGAGGAUGACCAACAAGGGAUCGUCAGGAAUGAAUUUCCUAAAUCAAGCUGACGUGAAUCCGUCCGAAGGAUCGAAGGCUGAGAUUGAAGUAUCUGCCCCAGUCUUCCUUGAGGUGUCUGUCUCUCUUCAAGACGACAAAACUUCGACGGUCGAACUUCUGAAAUCGUGGGAGAGCUUCUUCGCCAGCAAGACGGGAAAGAUUGCUCAGGUAUGGGCCAAGUCAGACAACAAAUUCUCAAUCGAAACAAACUUUCAGCAUCUGGAUCUCAUCGUGAAUUAUCUUGCAAACCAAGCAGCAGUGAAGUAUAUCGAGAGGAGAAUGCAGUAUCAAACUUUGAACAUGCACGCAUCCCUUGUCGUGAAGGGAGCCUAUAAAGGAGAAUCCAUCCAUGAUGGGCUGCAGAAGAGAGGUCUCAACGGCACCGGCCAGAUAGUUGGCAUUUCAGACACCGGCAUUGACUUCGACUCUUGUUUCUUCCAUGAUGCUCAGCGAGCUGUGUACGUUUGCAACAACUGCUACAUGUACAACUAUGGAGGAUGCUCGCUCCAGUGCCCUUCGCGGACGACUCAUCGUAAGAUCAUCUCCUACAACUCCUUCACGCCGCCACCUCCCGCAGCGUUCUCCUACGAUAGCUUGCAUGGUCACGGAACGCAUGUGGCCGGCACAGUGGCCGGCGCUGCUUCACCCGAUCACUCGUUGGCUUCUCAAUACAACGGAACAGCAGCGGGAGCAAAGAUAGUCUUUGACGACAUCUCAAACACGGAUUACUAUCUGAACUACCUGCCCUGGGACUUGUAUCACGGCCUUUACCCUCAUGCGUAUGAGAACGGGGCCAGAGUGCAUUCUAAUUCCUGGGGUAGCGGCGGAGGAUCUUAUUACUACUUCACUUCGCACGAGACCGACGCGUACAUGUACGACCACGAUGACUUCCUCAUCGUGUUUGCUGCUGGGAACUCUGGACCUUACCACUUCUCCGUCGGAUCUCCUGCGAGCGCCAAGAACGUUCUCUCCGUGGGUUCCAGCAUGAACACCCGGGAGGCUUACAUAGCUCACGGUUAUGGCGAAUAUUACAACCUGUCACUGUCGAUGAGCGAUGGUAUGUACUACAAGCUGCUCGACAUUCUUCCUGCUACAUUCGGUCUUCCUUUGACAGACUCCAUGACACCGCUAUCCGCUCCUGUGGUCAUGCAGGACUUCAACAAUUUUUGCUAUAUCAAUUCUUACUACCUGUGGGGAUCGCGAUGUUCUGAUUUGUCUUCUCUUCUUUGCCUUCCCGUUCAAGAGAGUGGGAGAUCAUGCUCUGCAGAUUCCAACCAUUCUGCCAUCUCAGGGACUUGGCAGAACAACCCACAGUUGGUCGGCUACGACUAUUUCUCCGGCCAUGUCUCGGUAGAACAGACGGCAAGCUGUUCUUCAUAUAGCUGGCCUGUGCCUCAGGAUUGUGUAUUCAACUUCAACAUCCCCGUCUACGACGCUUCCAGCACGGUCAUGGAGCUCAUCAUCGAGGUUGGUUUCAUCUGGUACACCGCCGACGGGUUUGUUUCUCGCGUCUCAAGCAUAACAGUAGACGGAGAGUACCUCCCCUUCGACACAAGCAAGAUCGUGACCGAUUGCAGCAUGACCAUGAGCUACGUUCACCGCCUGCCUGCGACAGCUUCGAGAUCUAUCCAAGUUCAGGUCCACUAUGACCCGACUGUCGACCCCUACUAUGGAGCGUGCUGGGGAAGCAACAGCGGGGUGAUUGCUUACUUGCUGUCCAACAAUCGCCCGUCUUGGGAUGUGCUCUACGAUUCAGCAAGCCAAACAAACAGCAACUAUAACUAUUACUCUGGAGAAUUUCACUUGACCCAGGUAGAUGUCGGCAUGGACUUCUGUAUUCUAGGGCACAAUUCAAGCCAGCAGUUGAUAGUCACGAGAUCUGGGUCGAUCUUCUUCGGCUCUAGCUCUCAGCUGAUCGACUUACCCCUCCUGCGGGUCGAUGAAGAAGCUGAGUUUCGACCAUCCUUCGUUGCUGGAAAGAGGUUCCAAGAACAAGGAGUACAAGGAUAUUCUUUGUUCGUCAGAGCUUACACUAGUGAAUAUUCCAUGUACAAUGAGUUUCAGAUCAACCUGUUUUCAAACCGCUCAAUCACCAUCUCUUUCGGAGCUUAUGGAGACACUGCAGACUAUGUUCAGUUGAUGAUCAGAGGAUUCGCGGUGCACUCGUUUCUUCCCAGGCAGCGCAACUCUUACAUGAUAUCGAACUUUGAGAACACGGCGAGGUCGUACUUCCGCCAUUCCUUUACCGGCAAGAUCAUCUUGGCCCCGUACAUCUCUUACUACUCAGGCACAUGUGAUGAAGCUGUGAUGGCUUCUAACGCUCAGUUCUUCGGAGCCGUGGGGCUGCUGCUCUAUCAGCCCUACAGGCAAAGCGAGCCUCUCCACCUCACCGGGUCCUCAAGGCCUGACGUCGCCCGCUCCAUCACCAUUCCCGUCGCUGGCGUUGCCGGCUUGGACGUGUACAACUUACAAUCUCUCUCCAAGAGGCAGACGUGCAUCAGCGGCACAGGGUCGUUGUGCUACUAUGAAGUCAUGUCCGGGCAACUUCCUGUGGUCAGCGCAGAGCGAACAGCGCAGAGCUUUCAGCACACUGAUCUCUCCUACUUCUCCUCACGAGGGCCGACGUUUGAUCUCCGGAACAAGCCUGACAUAGUUGCUCCUGGUCAGAAUAUCUUCUCAGCCUCGUCUGAUGGCCUUGCUCAAAGCUUUCAGUGCGCGUCCUCUAUUGGCAUGCAGGACAGCUGCAUCGUUGAGAAGAGCGGCACGUCCAUGGCGACGCCAGCAGCAGCAGGAGCAGCGGCGAUCGUGCGGCAGUACUUCACGGAGGGGUUCCAUGCCCGCGGAGCACGCAACGUGUCUGCGGGGAUAAAUCCUUCUUCAGCGCUGGUGAAAGCGAUGAUCAUACAGAGCGGACGUCAGGUUCGAAACCUCGCCAUCUCCGGCAGCCGUCUUGUCCGUGACCGCACCUGGGGAUACAUCUAUGCGAGCGAAGGAAACGACUGGCAGUGGAAGCAGCCUGACAGCAGCCCAAGUGUCGAGCAAGGGUACGGGCUCAUGAACCUCUCAGCGGUCCUCUGGUUUGGCAACGAGUCCGACUUCACCCUCAAGGUGCUAGAUCGCCAGCAGAUCACUCAAGGAGCCUCUCAGUCUCUUUGCUUCAAUGUCGUAGCUUCUUCCUCCUUCCGCGUGACUCUGGUCUGGACGGAUCCUCCAGCUUCCAUGUACUCAACUUCUCUCCUCAUCAACAAUCUUGACCUGCUCGUGGUCGAUCAGGCUGGAAACUUGUGGUACGGCAACAAUCGCACCGGACAGAGCCCAGAUCGUGUCAACAACGUGGAGCAGAUAACGAUCCCAGCGGCAGCAGGAGGACUCUACCGCGUCAUUGUCGUUGGUUCCGAUGUGCCUCAGGGUCCUCAAAGCUUCGCGCUCGUAGUGACCGGAGACUUUGAGCAGAGCACUCAGUGCAGUGGCACCUUGACGUGCCCAGCCGGGUGCUCCGGUCGGGGAACUUGCCUGCAGGGGCUGUGCACGUGCAGCCAAGGAUACACAGGGUUUGGGUGCGAGACGACUUUGACAUGCGGCGAUGGAGUGGUGAGUGACUCCGAAGAAUGCGAUGACGGCAACACGAGGAGUAGCGACGGAUGCUCGUCGAGCUGCACCAUCGAAGACUCGUUCGCGUGCGAGCAAGAGCUCUGGCCGGGUAAGAUCUCGAGAUGUUCCAAGUGCAGUUGUGGGUGCGUUAGGUUCACUGAGCCGAGGGGCACCGUGAGCAGUCAGAUGUAUCCAAACACUGGGAGCUCAAGCUCUUGUGUAUGGGACAUUGAACCGGCGUCGCUGACGAACCUUCAAAUCUCCUUCCCGAAGACAACAGAAAACGCUAACUUGAACGUUGAUUUCUACAUGUGCUCAGAUGCCGCGUGUAGCUCGUGGAACUACGCAGGCUGGAUGUCCUCUACCUCCAGCAACUUGUGGAUGGUUGGAUCCGAAUCCUUCAGUCGCGGCAUCAGGAGCAGCCAACCCAGGAUGAAGAUAGUCUCGCGCUCACAGUUCCUGCUGCAUUACGGGCCCAUCACCUACGACGUUUGCGGUGACGGCAUACAAGAAGGACGAGAGUUUUGCGACGAUGGCAACACAGACAAUGGCGACGGCUGUUCGUCAUCGUGCAAGAAGGAGUGUCUUCUCAGCUCGUGCUGUCAUUUCGAUUUGUCACCUUACGAUCUGUUCGCUCGCAAGUUUGACGAGGAGGUUGCAGCAGGAGCAAAUUGCGCUACAUUCAGCAUCGACAGCUCCACAACUCAAACCUUCAUGGAGACUGAGCUUGCAAUAGCCCCUACCGGCAUGCAGCAAGCUGAUUGUCCCUUCUCCCCAACCUUGUUCGAGCCUGUCAACUUUCAGCUCUACGGGUCGGCCACUCAGAGUGAACUCCGCAACAUCUCGUCAGGGGGCUGGAACCUGCUCCACCCCAGCUCUAUCGGGUAUUCCCAGAGCAUGGACGACUCCUCCUGGCUGCUCCCCGACUUUGGGUUUGACUUCUGCUUUCAAGGUGUCAACGUGAGGGCAAGGACAUACGUCUCCUCCAACUCCUACCUGACCUUCUUCCAAGGGUUCUCUUACUACAGCGGCCUCAGCCCCAGCUGGCCUCCUGUUCCCACCCUCUUCAUCGGAGGAUCAGACAACUCAGUCCAGCUGCUCCUCAGCAAAAGGGUCAACGAGGGCGGCAGAGCUGGACUUGUCAUCCGUUUCGAAGGGACUGCCAGCACAUCUGGAGUGACGGGGGACCCCAACAUCAUCUGGGAAGUAACUUUCUUCGAUGACAAUAGUAUUCGCACGUCCAUCGGGCGCCUGACAAACUCUGGAGGGCUAUCCCUUCUGAGCGAUGGGAGGGGAGGAACGACACUGUUGCUGCCGUUCCGAGAGAAGUCAGCUCUGAAGCUCACUAUCACGGACCUGUGCCAUGUGUCUCAGAACUCCCCAUGUGAUCUGCUGACCGUGACCUCUUCCGAGGGCUCCAGCAUCGUUCCCAGGGAUAGGUUCCAAGUGUUCCGAAGUCAGUCGAUCUCGCUCUCCUUCAUGUCAAACGUCAACAACCGGACAUCUGCGUUUCCCUUCAACUUGUCUUGGGGCUUCAAGUCAAAACCCACUUGUGGCAACGGCCUGCGAGACUGGACGUUUGUGAUACAGGACAAGAGGGAAUGUAAUGCUGAACCCACGUUCAUUUACGACAACAUGUUCUACGGCUACUACUACUCUCCUAUCUCAAGCUGCAGCACAACACUGAGGGCUCCUAAAACAAGUCUAACUCAACUGUUCCUCAUCGUUGAGAUGGACAUGGUAUCCUUCUAUUCUUCCACUCAGAUUCUCAACGUUACCCUCAACGGCGUCAGCCUCCCCCUCUCGCGUCCUUCUGCCAGCAGCUACGCAUCCUGCGGUUCGUACCAGCCCGUCGUCAAGUACAAGAUUCCCUCGUCCUUGUCAGGCCCCAGCUACAACAUCUCCAUUUCCACCUUGUACGCCUCCUGCCGGUACUGCUCGCAGACCUACUCUCCCAGCUGCAAGGUCUUCUAUGCUCGCGCCUACCUCGCGACCGUGGAUGAGAUGGAGGAGUGCGACGACGGCAAUCAGGUCUCGAGAGACGGUUGCGACAGCAGCUGCCGCAUCGAGACCGGCGGCAACUGCUCCACCUCAGACACCGAGGAUAAGAGCUUCCAGCAAGGACCCGACGUGUGCAUGGGGGACCUGAGCUACCUGGGCUCCCGCCUAUCAGUCUGCUCGUCCUGGAUGACGAUCAACGGGUCCUCCUCCUUCCCCUGGCUGUGGGGCGACAACCUGCCUGUCGGGUACAAGACCUGCAAGCUCCCCUACACGUGGGAGGAGAUACUGGUGCCGAGAAUGAAAAACUGCAGCCUCGACUUCAAGACCGGAGGGCUGGGAUACCUGAUGACGAGUCGGUUUCAAAGCUGGUUCUGUGUGAAACAUCAUCCCUGCGCGUGGGACGCGCUCAACCCGUUCUUCUGCUUCGUGUACGACGAGGACAACAGAGUGUUCGUGCCAUGGGGCAGCAACAGCGAGCUUAAGCUAGUUCGUCUUUCUUAG